AUGGGAAAAGUGCGAGCUGUCAGGCGCAAACUUGCGCAGUUCUUCAACUGGCGUGUGAGUGUGACCUUAACGGAUGGCCGGGUGCUGGUCGGCGUCCUCAUGGCGGUAGACAGGCAUGUGAACAUCGUUCUUUGCAACACCGAGGAGUACCGCAAGUACAAAGUCAAGGGAAAGCCCGAGGGCAAGGAACUGAAGAGGAUGUUGGGCUUCAUAGUGGUCCGCGGGACCGGCAUUCUGUACAUUCAGCCAGAGGAACUCGGCAAGGAGGACUUGGUAGAAACGGACAAGCCGCGCAAGAAGGCGACCCCUACAGCCACUCCGGCUGCCAAACCUGCUCCAGCCGCAAAGGCUGCAGCUGCCCCAGCACUGAACGCAGCAGCACUUCUCGCUGGCAUGCGGCCACCCAUGCUGAACCCCCUGCUGGCAGCGGGGCUCCGACCUGGCGGCCUUCCCGGGCUCCCGGGUAUGCCUUCGAUACCUGGCAUGCCCAGCAUGGGUUUGCCGAACAUGGGAGCGAUGCCCGGAGCCGGCCGUGGAAUGCCGAGCAUGCCGGGAAUGCCGGGCAUGCCGCGACCAAUGUGA